CCAGCCUCGUGCAGAUUUGCCUUUUGCUUGUCCACUGCCCCUGCCGGCCCGAUGAGUUUCUCCAGGACCAGCGGUUACUCAGUUAACGUAAGGCCGCUGAGCAGCCCCAUAAAGUUUGGCCCCAUCAGCAGCGCUGCCAGUGUCUAUGGAGGCGCAGGGGGCUCAGGCUCUCGCAUCUCUGUCACCAGGACUUCCUCCACGAGCUCGGGCUACCUUGGCAGUGGAGCCUUGGGAGGGUUCAGCAGCAGUCUCUCCUUCUCUGGUUCCGGGGCGAUCCAGAAUGAGAAGGAGACCAUGCAAGAUCUGAACGACCGCUUGGCCAACUACCUGGGGAAGGUGCGCCAGCUGGAGUCCGAAAACCAGAGACUGGAGAUCCAGAUCAGAGAAUACCUGCAGAAGAAAGGGCCCUGCACCCGGGACUGGAGUCGCUACUUCGAAAUCAUUGAGGACCUGAAAAAUCAGAUUUUUAACCAGACAGUGGAGAAUGCUCGAGUCGUCCUGCAGAUUGAUAAUGCCCGCCUAGCCACUGAUGAUUUCCGUGUCAAGUAUGAGGCUGAACUGGCCAUCCGUCAGUCUGUGGAGAAUGACAUUAGAGGCCUGCGCAAAGUUAUUGAUGACACCAAUGUGAGCCGUCUGCAGCUGGAGACUGAGAUUGAGUCCCUCAGGGAAGAGCUGGUCUUCAUGAAGAAGAAUCACGAAACAGAAGUCAACAGUUUGCAGGCCCAGAUUGCCAGCUGCGGACUGACAGUGGAAGUAGAUUCUCCCAAGUCACAGGAUCUGGCUAAAAUCAUGGCUGAAAUUCGGGCACAGUAUGACGAACUGGCUCGGAAAAACCUUGAGGAGCUGGAUGAGUACUGGAAGAAUCAGAUCACCAAGAGCACCGUUGUCAUCACUGAGAAUACCAAGGAGCUUGAAGGAGCACGUGGCAAUGCCAAUGAACUGCGCUACAAAUUCCAAACACUGGAGGUUGAGCUGGAGUCUCUGCGCAAUGUGAAAGCCAAUCUUCUUGGCAACCUGCACGAAGUAGAGAACCGCUAUGCCAUGCAGAUGGAGCAACUUAAUGGCGUGUUGAUGAGGCUUGAGAUGGAACUGGCACAGCUGCGGAAUGAUAUGCAGCGCCAGGCAGAUGAGUACCAGGCUCUGCUGAAUGUUAAAGUCAAGCUGGAGAAGGAGAUUGCUACCUACAGGCAGCUGCUGGAAGGUGGAGAGGAGCUGAACCUGAACGAUGCUGUGCUGGAAGACGCCAUGGAAAUCACGCAUAAGAUCAAAACCACCAAGAUCGUAGAUGGCAAAGUGGUGGCGGAGAAGAGUGAGAGUAGAGUGACAAAGCGCUAAGCUCGCCUCAUGCAAGAGAAAGCGCCUCUCAGCACAUUGUUCCCCCACAAGCUGGAUAGGGCCUGGGGUGGAUCAUAAUUGAAUACAAAAAAGCAAUAAAACAUACAAA